AGUUGUUGGUAGAUUACCAAGUCACUUCGUUGUGAAGAGGGUGUCGAAAACUUUACCCAUAAUUCUCUGAUGUUCCGCCUUCUCCACUCCGUGUGGCGUGGAAAUGUCUAAGCGUCGUAUUGACGUUGGUGAUUCAUCUUCGAAGCGGAAUAGGGAUGAAGAUAGACAUAGAGAAAGUGACAAAGACCACAUGAAGGAAGGCAGGAAACCCGAAAAGAAGAUUUCGAUCUUCGAACAGUUCAAUAUCCCCAAACCACAGAUACAGCUAAAUCCAUUUACAGGCUUACCUUACACACCUCGCUAUUAUGAACUUUUGCGGAAAAGAAAUGCAUUACCUGUAUGGGAAUACAAGGACAAAUUCACUGAAAUGGUCAACAAAAACCAAAUAUUGGUAUUGGUCGGUGAAACUGGAUCUGGUAAAACUACACAGAUUCCUCAAUGGUGCCUUGAAUGGGUGCGAGCCCGUUAUCCCAAGAAAGGUGUUGCUUGCACUCAGCCCAGGCGAGUGGCCGCAAUGUCAGUUGCCCAGCGUGUGUCUGAAGAAAUGGAUGUAUGUCUUGGACAGGAAGUUGGCUACAGCAUUCGAUUUGAAGAUUGCACAUCUCCAAAGACAGUUUUAAAAUAUAUGACAGAUGGUAUGUUACUCCGUGAGGCUAUGUCUGACCCACUUCUUGAAGCCUAUGGAGUGAUUAUGCUUGAUGAAGCUCAUGAACGUACUCUUGCUACUGAUAUAUUGAUGGGAUUGCUGAAAGAAGUCAGCCGGCAGAGAGAAGACCUAAAGAUUAUUGUUAUGAGUGCUACACUGGAUGCUGGUAAAUUUCAGAAUUAUUUUGACCAUGCUCCAUUGAUGAAUGUACCUGGACGAACCCAUCCUGUCGAAAUAUUUUAUACCCCUGAACCAGAGAGAGACUACCUGGAAGCUGCUAUCCGGACUGUUAUUCAGAUACAUAUUUGUGAACAUUGUGAGGGAGAUGUUCUUCUCUUUUUAACUGGUCAAGAGGAAAUUGAUGAAGCGUGCAAACGUAUCCAGCGAGAAAUCGAUAACUUUGGUCCUGAAAUUGGAGAUAUGAAAUGCAUUCCACUUUAUUCAACACUACCUCCUAAUCUACAGCAAAGGAUCUUUGAACCACCCCCUGCAAAAAAGGCCAAUGGAGCUAUAGGUAGAAAAGUUGUUGUCUCUACUAAUAUUGCUGAGACAUCACUUACUAUUGAUGGAGUUGUUUUUGUCAUAGAUCCAGGAUUUGCUAAACAGAAGGUAUACAACCCUCGAAUUCGUGUUGAAUCACUUUUAGUAACUGCUAUUAGCAAGGCCAGUGCUCAACAGAGAGCAGGUCGUGCUGGCCGUACACGACCAGGAAAAUGUUUCCGACUCUACACUGAAAAGGCUUACAAGAACGAGAUGCAAGAGAACACUUACCCAGAAAUUCUUCGUUCAAAUUUGGGAUCUGUUGUUUUACAGUUGAAAAAGCUUGGUAUUGAUGACUUAGUGCAUUUUGAUUUCAUGGAUCCCCCAGCUCCUGAAACCCUAAUGCGUGCCCUAGAGUUGCUGAAUUACUUGGCUGCACUGGAUGACGAUGGAGAAUUAACUGAACUUGGUUCCAUGAUGGCUGAAUUUCCACUUGAUCCACAGCUGGCUAAAAUGGUGAUUGCAAGCUGUGAUUGCAAUUGUUCCAAUGAAAUCCUUUCCAUCACUGCAAUGUUGUCAGUCCCGCAGUGUUUUGUGCGUCCAAUGGAGAUGAAGAAAGCUGCAGACGAAGCGAAGAUGAGAUUUGCACACAUCGAUGGCGACCAUUUGACGCUGCUCAACGUCUACCAUGCUUUCAAACAAAAUCAUGAAGACCCACAAUGGAGUUACGACAAUUUUGUGAAUUUUCGAUCUAUGAAAAGUGCUGAUAAUGUCCGACAGCAGCUGGCCCGGAUUAUGGAUCGAUUUAAUUUGCGUCGCUCAAGUACAGAGUUUGCAAGUCGGGACUACUACAUCAACAUUAGGAAGGCUUUGGUAGCUGGUUUCUUUAUGCAGGUUGCUCAUCUUGAGCGCACUGGUCAUUAUCUAACUGUGAAAGACAACCAGAUUGUUCAGCUCCACCCUUCCACAUGUCUCGACCACAAGCCUGAAUGGGUCCUGUACAAUGAAUUUGUACUCACAACCAAGAAUUACAUUCGAACUGUUACAGACAUUAAACCAGAAUGGUUGAUACACAUUGCACCUCAAUAUUAUGACAUGGUCAACUUCCCCGAGUGUGAAGCCAAACGUCAAUUGGAGCGCAUUAUAUCACGCUUGUCUAGCAAGCAACAUUUUGAAGGAUUUUGAUGUCAAAAGCAAAAAGAUAGGGCAGUCCAUACUGCAAACAACAAACUUUAGCAGAUAAUGAUAUUAAUGAUGAUGAUGAUGAUUCUGUGUCAGAAAGGGAAGUAUGAAGAAAUUGCUGUCAGGUAUAAGGACUGUGGUCUUGUCUUUCCUCUGCAAUGUUAUUACUCAAUAAUAGCGUACAUAACUAUGAACAAGUAGACAUUGCGUCCCUUGAUCUACCACCAUCACAACCACAAAUAAUACUUUAGAUUUUUUUCUUCUCACCACAAAAUAAAUGUUCCUAUUUGAUCAGGUGCAUGUCUAGAAACAAACUUUGUCUCUCGUAUAUUCUUCACGCUGCAGUUCCUUAUUCUGAUCUUUUUGAUGAUGAGAGCCCAACUCUGCUCAUCACUUCAUAUUAACACCUUUUAGUUUCAACUUAUGAUUUGAGAAAACAAAAACUAUUAUAUAAAAAAAAACAUUUGUGUUUUAUUAUCUUUAUCUCUCUUUUUAUGUAUCUCUUCUGCAUCUUUUCUCCUACCCCCUAUAUAUAUCUCUUAUUUCUAACUUAGAAGUCUCUUGAGUGUUCCUCUCAUUUUCAUACUCCCCUCAUCUCUUUUUUUCCAUCCCACCUUGUCUCUACUUUAGUUUCUUCUCAAGCUUGUCUCUUGUUUAGUUCUCUUUUCCUACUUCACUCUAUCUAGCUCUUGUGACUUUAACUCUGUUAACAAUGAAAUUAUUAAAUCAACAAAAGAAACCUGUAUCAGUCUUUUAUCUAAA